AUGGAGAUCUCAAAUGAAACAUCUUUUAAUGGAUUCUUUCUCCUCGGUCUUGCUGAUACUUCAUACCUUAAGGCCUUAAAUAUGGUAACCUUCCUGAUAAUGUAUAUACUCACACUGUCAAUAAACUCUUUACUUAUCAUCAUGGUGAAAAUCAAUCUGAGACUUCACACCCCAAUGUAUUUCUUCUUAAGCAACUUGUCCAUCAUUGACAUUGGCAUAAGUUCUUCAGUAGUACCUAAACUUAUUAUAAUUACAAUUACUCAAGAUAAAAGUAUUUCACGUCAUGAUUGUGCUUUACAGAUGUUCUUCCAUUCUUCCCUAGUAGUGACAGAGAGUAUUCUUCUGGCUUGUAUGGCCUAUGAUAGAUACAUUGCUAUCUGUAAGCCUCUGCACUACAAUACACUUAUGAACAUGGGAUUUUGCCUUUCACUGGUUGCCGUAAGCUGGGCUGUGGGUUGUAUAAGUGCUGGUAUUCAUGUACCAUACACCUUCCAACUGCCGUUUUGCAGGUCCCACCACAUCAACCAUUUUUUCUGUGAGAUACCUAUUCUUUUACGUCUCUCUUGCCAAGAUACUUGGCUUCAUGAGAUAACAAUGUACAUCUCAGCUUGUACACUUGGCCUUAUUGCAUUCAUUCUGACUCUUUUUUCAUAUGCUUAUAUCAUCUCCACUAUCUUGAAUAUCCGUUCCACUGAAGGAAGACAUAAAGCUUUCUCUACAUGUGCAUCACAUCUCACAGUGAUCUCUCUCUACUAUGGCCCCCUGAUGUUCAUGUAUUUACGUCCCCACUCCAGAAACUCUCCUAACACAGAGAAGACUGUGUCUAUUAUUUACACUGUUGUGACUCCAAUGCUGAAUCCCAUUAUCUAUAGCAUAAGAAAUAAAGAUAUCAAAGUUACCAUGCGAGGAACACUGAAUAAGCAGUCAUAA